AUGGCUGCCCCCCAUAUAUCAGGGAUAGCUGCUCUCAUAAAGCAGAAGCACCCUCACUGGAGCCCCGCUGCCAUCAAAUCAGCUUUAAUGACAACCUCUACUACAAUUGACAGAGCAGAGAGACCUCUUCAAGCCCAACAAUAUUCUGGAUCCGGAACUAUGAGUCUGGUCACAGCGACACCUUUUGAUUAUGGAAGUGGCCAUGUCAAUCCCAAGGCGGCUCUUGAUCCUGGACUCAUUUUUGAUGCAGGAUAUGAAGACUACUUGGGGUUCUUGUGCACCAUACCUGGGAUAGAUGCUCAUGAGAUAAAGAACUACACCAAUGCACCCUGCAACUACACUCUUGGCCACCCUUCAAAUCUCAACACGCCGUCGGUCACAAUUUCUCAUCUUGUCGGAACUCAGACAGUCACACGCACCGUCACAAAUGUUGCCGAGGAAGAAACUUAUGUGAUCACGGCAAGGAUGGCACCAGAAGUGGCCAUAGAAACCAGCCCUCCAGCAAUGACUCUGAGACCUGGUGGAUCACGGAAGUUUACCAUAACACUCACUGUUCGAUCAGUACGAGGGACAUACAGUUUUGGGGAGGUUUUAAUGAAAGGAAGCAGAGGGCACAAGGUCAGGAUUCCAGUUGUAGCCAUGGGUUAUGACCGGUAA